AUGCAACUGAAAAAUACACCACUAUUUGUGACUUGUAUAGAAUACACCCAUACAUUACCAAAUAACACCCGGACACCUUCCAAUUUGAACAAAUAUCUAACAACUAUAGGAAAAUUGACAUUAUUGACGAAUGAAUGUAUACCAGAUGCUGAUUUUCUAAGCAAUUCAGUAGAGGUCCAUGAACCCUCAUUUGAAACGGUGGUAAUGAUGUUGCAGCUGUGCGAGCUCCCCAACGUAUCUUCCACAGACGGCAAAUUCCACCACACUGACAUCACUCCCCGUGUAGGGCUUCUCCCCUCAGUAAGGCUAGGCAGAAGCCAUCACAGACUUCGACAGUAUCGCAAGUCCUUUGCUCCCAUUAGAGAGUUUCACUGA